AUGUCUGGAGUAACAACGUGCUUACGUUUCCCUGGACAACUGAAUGCUGAUCUACGUAAACUGGCUGUCAACAUGGUGCCGUUCCCUCGCUUGCAUUUCUUCAUGCCUGGAUUUGCACCUCUGUCAGCAAAAGGAGCUCAAGCCUACCGUGCACUUACCGUUUCUGAGCUUACACAACAGAUGUUCGAUGCUAAGAACAUGAUGGCAGCUUGUGAUCCACGACAUGGCCGUUAUCUCACCGUUGCGGCUAUGUUCAGAGGCCGUAUGAGCAUGCGCAUGUUCGAUGCUAAGAACAUGAUGGCAGCUUGUGAUCCACGACAUGGCCGUUAUCUCACCGUUGCGGCUAUGUUCAGAGGCCGUAUGAGCAUGCGCGAGGUCGAUGACCAGAUGAUGUCUGUACAAAACAAGAACUCAUCAUACUUCGUUGAAUGGAUCCCUAACAAUGUUAAAACAGCCGUGUGCGACAUCCCACCGCGCGGAUUGAAAAUGGCUGCUACUUUCGUUGGAAACUCGACAGCAAUCCAAGAACUGUUCAAGCGCAUCUCAGAACAAUUCACUGCCAUGUUCCGUCGCAAAGCCUUCUUACAUUGGUACACUGGUGAGGGUAUGGACGAAAUGGAAUUCACUGAAGCCGAAUCGAAUAUGAACGAUCUUGUUGUCCGAAUAUCAACAAUACCAAGAAGCGACUGCUGA